CGCGCUAUCGCCUCCAGCUCCGCAGCGGCUUCGCCCGCAGGUCCCGCGGCAGGCGAGUGGCUCAGUCGCCCCCACCAGCCCCAUGGCAGACCCCGGCUCCUCAGCAGAGUGCGGCUACAUCCGGACCGUCCUCGGCCAGCAGAUCCUGGGACAACUAGACAGCUCCAGCCUGGCUCUGCCCUCCGAGGCCAAGCUGAAGCUGACGGGGAGCAGCGGCCGCAGCAGCCAGGCGGCCAAGAGCCUGCGGAUCCAGGAGCAGGUGCAGCAGACCCUGGCCCGGAAGGGCCGGAGCUUCGUGGGUAACGGAAAUCUUCACCGAACCAGUAGUGUUCCUGAGUAUGUCUACAACCUACACUUGGUUGAAAAUGAUUUUGUUGGAGGACGUUCCCCUGUUACUAAAACCUAUGACGUGCUAAAGGCUGGCACAACUGCCGCCUAUGAAAGUCGCUGGGGGAGAGGAAAGGCACAGUACAGUUCACAGAAGUCGGUGGAAGAAAGAUCCUUGAGGCAGCCUCUAAGGAGACUUGAGAUUUCUCCGGAUAGCAGCCCGGAGAGGGCUCAUUACUCGCUCAGCGAUUACCAUUACAGCCAGAGGAGCCAGGCCGGGCCAGCCCUGCGUCACCAAGAGAGCCGGCGGGCCACCCUGCUCAUGCCACCGAGAUACGCUCGCUCAGAGAUCGUGGGGUUCAGCAACAGUGGUGCCACAAACAGGCAGCGCUACUAUGACACUUACCACAGACAGUACCAGUAUGGAUCAGUUAGUGACACGGUUUUUGACAGCGUCCCUGCCAAUCCAAUGGUGCUCACAUACCCCAGGCCGGGGACCAGUCACAGCCUGGGAAAUCUCUUGGAGAAGGAGAACUAUCUGACGCCAGGGCCUGCCGCCGGGCAGGUGAGGCCACUGGUGCCCCUGCAGCCCGUCACUCAGAACAGGGCCGCCAGAUCCUCCUGGCAUCAGAGCUCCUUCCACAGCACCCGCACGCUCAGGGAAGCUGGGCCCAGUGUCGCUGUGGAUUCCAGCGGGAGGAGAGCGCACAUGACCGUGGCCCAGGCAGCGGCAGGGGGAAGUGGGAAUAUGCUCUCAGCGGAGAGAAGCACUUUCGCCGACUCCCAACUCGGGAAUGCAGACAUGGAGAUGACCCUGGAGCGAGCAGUAAAUAUGCUUGAUGCAGACCACACGCCACCAUCCAGGAUUUGUGCUGCAGCGACUUUCAUCCAGCAUGAGUGCUUCCAGAAAUCUGAAGCUCGGAAAAGGGUGAAUCAGCUUCGUGGCAUCCCCAAGCUUCUGCAGCUCCUGAAAGUUCAGAAUGAAGAUGUUCAGCGAGCUGUAUGUGGGGCCUUGAGAAAUUUGGUAUUUGAAGACAAUGACAACAAGUUGGAGGUGGCUGAACUAAAUGGGGUGCCUCGGCUGCUCCAGGUGCUGAAGCAAACCAGAGACUUGGAGACUAAAAAACAAAUAACAGGUUUGUUGUGGAAUUUGUCCUCUAACGACAAACUCAAGAAUCUCAUGAUCACAGAAGCCUUGCUUACCCUGAAUGAGAAUAUCAUCAUCCCCUACUCGGGAUGGCCUGAAGGCGACUACCCCAAAGCAAAUGGUUUGCUCGAUUUUGAUAUAUUCUACAACGUCACCGGAUGCCUAAGAAACAUGAGUUCAGCUGGCCCUGAUGGGAGGAAAGUGAUAAGAAGAUGUGAUGGACUCAUUGACUCACUGGUCCAUUAUGUCAGAGGCACCAUUGCAGAUUACCAGCCAGAUGACAAGGCCACAGAGAACUGUGUGUGCAUUCUUCAUAACCUCUCCUACCAGCUGGAGGCAGAGCUCCCAGAGAAAUAUUCCCAGAGUAUCUACAUUCAAAACCGGAAUAUCCAGACUGACAACAACAAAAGCAUUGGGUGUUUUGGCAGUCGCAGCAGGAAAGUAAAAGAGCAAUACCAGGAUGUGCCGAUGCCCGAAGAAAAGAGCAACCCCAAGGGUGUGGAGUGGCUGUGGCACUCCAUCGUGAUAAGGAUGUAUUUGUCCUUGAUCGCCAAGAGUGUCCGGAACUAUACACAGGAAGCAUCUUUAGGAGCUCUGCAGAAUCUCACAGCAGGAAGUGGACCAAUGCCGACGUCAGUAGCUCAGACAGUUGUUCAGAAGGAAAAUGGCCUUCAGCACGCCCGAAAGAUGCUGCAUGUUGGUGAUCCAAGCGUGAGAAAGACUGCAGUCUCCCUGCUGAGGAAUUUGUCUCGGACUCUUUCUCUGCAGAAUGAAAUUGCCAAAGAAACUCUGCCUGAUUUGGUUUCCAUAAUUCCUGACACAGUCCCGAGUACUGACCUUCUCAUUGAAACUACAGCCUCUGCCUGUUACACAUUGAACAAUAUAGUCCAAAAUAGUUACCAAAAUGCACGGGACCUUCUACACACUGGGGGCCUGCAGAAAAUCAUGACCAUCAGCACCGGCGACACCUAUGCCUCCAACAAAGCAAGCAAAGCUGCUUCUGUCCUCCUGUAUUCUCUGUGGGCGCACACAGAGCUCCACAAUGCCUACAAGAAGGCUCAGUUUAAGAAGACAGAUUUUGUCAACAGCCGGACUGCCAAAGCCUACCACUCCCUUAAAGACUGAGGAAAAUGAAAAAGUGCUCACAGAAGUCUCAGCUACAAAAAGCUCCAAAGGAAAACACCUAUUUUUCUACUACCCAGCCCAAGAAACCUCAAAAAGCAUGCCUUGUUUCUAUCCUUUUCUAUUUCCAUGGUCCCCGGCAUCCAGAAAACAAAUAAUCAGAACAUAAUUUUAUUAGUCUUCCAGAAGACUUUUGCAAGUUUGCCCGAGUAGAUACUGGCAACAGGCUCCAUUUUACCCUCUGCAAAUAGUGGUCUUUGUUAUCAGGGCUCAUGGCGCACGGCCUCCUGGAACCAAGAUGUGAACUCACGUAGAAUGAACACUAACAGAAUAAAUAAGGAAAGAAGCUGUUGUAUUA